GUUCCUAUUUCUAACCGACUAAGCACACAAUUAGACAAAUUUUGUUGCCAAGUGUAAUUGUUGGGUUCUCCCUCCAGUACGUAGCACGGAAGCAGCAUUUCGCCGGCCUACUUUUUUUGUUCCUUCCGACUUGGUUUAUUAUCACCACUAACUAAUGUCAAAAGGUGGCUGGCUCUUUUUUGUUUGCAGGUACUUGCGGAGUAGCAUCUAUAGCCGAUCGACCGUACAGUAUGCCGGCCCGCAAGGCGCAAAGGAUAUUAUCUUUGUGUAAUCAUUUUGUGAAUUUAUGUAUUUAUUAAUAUUUAUUUUAUAAUAAAUUCGUAAGAAUAAAACUUUGGGACCACAUUUUUAAUUUUCUAACAGGGCUUAUGAAAAACACGAGCCGGCCCUGAAAAGCAGGCGGCACUAGUACCGGCACGACACUAUAGAAUUUAGGGGUGGUUAUACGGUCCGGUCCGGCUAAAUUGGCCCAAAUUGAUCCGGUCCAGUCCGGUCUUUUUGAAAAUAUAAGGAUCAAAGAUUGGGUUGGACACAUUCCGGUCUUGAUCCGAUCCAGUCUUGACCCGGUCCGGUCCCAAUUCGAUCUUGAUUUUAUAUUGAGUUUGUGGAGAUUUGAGUGGCCUAAGGCCUGAAAGGGUGAGGAGUUGGUUUAAGUUUUGUACUAAUUGCAAAGGUUUGUGACCGUUUAUAUAUGCAAAUUACCCUUAAGUUUUCUUAUCCGUUUUUUAUCCAUUUUCGAUCCGGUCCCAAACGGUUUUUUACCUGAAAUCUAAACCCAAAAAUUAGAAUGGAUUGUUUACUAUCCGGUCCCGGUCCGAUCUGGGUCCAGGUUAUACGGUCCGAUUUCGGAUAAAACCAAAAAAACCCGGACCAAAUAGCCAGCCCUAAUAGAAUCCGCCCAAUAGCCAGCUAGUGAUCCGUGUCUAUAAAUACCGCAUUGGGAGAGCUUAAUUAUAUUAGACACACACACACCAAACAACGCAGAGAAAUAUAGUUAUUGUUCUUUGUCACUACAACAAUGGCUUCCUUGUCCACUUUCACCAUGACCACCUUCCCUCCCACUCCCACCACUGGCCGGAGAACCACCGUUGCCGGCUUAGGCGGCCACCGUGCUACUUUCCCGCAGCCACCCAAGAUUGUCUCUCGCCGCAGUGACACGUCAAAUUAUUACUUGGAGGUCGAAACCCUAUCCGCCGCCGCCCCCGCCUUCCCUUUUCCGCUCUCGGGUGGAACCGUUGGUUCGACCGGUAGACGCAACUUCCUUCUUCCGCCUAUCUUGUGCAACAAGGCAGAUGAAGCCGUUGAUCCGACCAACGGAAAUGGCGACAACUUCCUUCUUCCUCCUAUCUUGUGCAACAAGGCAGCUGAAGCCGUUGAUCCGACCAGUGGAAAUGGCGACAACUUCCUUUAUCCUAUUUUAAUUUAUUUCUUCGGCUGAGGCCGUGGACUCAUCCGGUGGCGGCGCCGCCGGCUGGGUUACUGGUUUUCCGGUGUUCGGGAGGAAAGCCGAAGCCGUGGACAAGGCUGAAACCUGCCUGAGCCUGCUCUGCUUUCCAAGACAGAGUAAUUAACAUGAAAUUAUGUCGUAUCUUCCCCUCUUAAUUAGUCGAUUUUUCGUUUGUCCUCUUUGUGAUUUCUAAAAGUGAUUCCCAUGAUAAUGGGAAUACCAUAAAAUAAGUCAUUAAGUCAAGAUGUGUUUCCUUCAAAUUAAUUUGUGGUUCUUUCUGAAUGGCUGUGUGUUGUCAUAAUAUUAUUAUUAUUAUUAUUAUUAUUAUUAUUAUUAUUAUUAUUAUUAUUAUUAUUUAAGUCGAGAAAACCCUCGCAAACUACGGGAAACCUCCUCUCGUUCUAGUUUUUGCUGGUAAAAGUCAAUAACCAUCGGAACAUGUUAGCCCCUCAUUAUAACCUUUUACAACAGAGCGAUUUCUCGCGUUGAUUGUCGAGUUUGACCAAUCAAAAUUCAGACAAAUUAAGAUUGAAUUAAUGUGCAAUCAUCGUCCUUAUUACACUAUAAUUAACUCGUCAGUUUCGAACUUUGUCAUCAUCAUAAUUCACCAUUGUCAAGGUGUGGAAGGCAAUCGAAAAGGGCAGUCAUUUUCUGCAAUUAGUUUGCAUGAGUGUGCUUUUAUAUAAAUUUUCUGGCUCCGCCACUGGGUGAAGACCCAGUCAAAUCGAUACACACAUCUCACCCCCUAUCCCAGGAAUAAAGCAGCAAAUUCGCAGGACGAGGGGGUCUGCCAUGCUCAUCAACCAAACCGAUAUCAACCUCCCUACCGGCGGAAAUCUCAGACAUGUAACAGAUUUCCAAUAAAGUGUCACGAACGAGGUUGUGCUAAUGAUCCCCAAAGACAUCACCAGGAAAGACACGUGGACAAGCAGGACAUGGCUUAGACAUAAAAAAACAACUGGAUACCCAGUCGAUAACUAAGCACACUACGAUAUGUCCUCCCGUUCAUAGUCUGCCCCAACCAAACAAUAGGAACAACACGCAACCAAUCAGAAGAGUGCGCACUAUGCUGAGACAUACAAUUAUUGUUAUGAUCAAAAUCAUUGUAAGAUAAUUAAGUAAUAAAGGUAGGGGAAGAAUUUGUUUGUGUGAAAUUAAUGUAACAGACCGGACCAAAGAAGGACAGUGCAAAGUGAUUUAUAAGUAUCCUUCCCACUUAGCUUUAUUGGAUGAAUUGGUUGGUGGUUUUGCGAAAAAUGUGUGCGAAAAAAAAAAUGAUAGCUACGCGACACGUUCCGGAAUUGAAUUUUGGCUACUUAAUUAAUUAUUUUUGUAUUUCCGGAAUUAAUUCUCUGAUUAAUUACUUUUGGAUACAAAAAUUUUACUCUUUUUUUUUUUUUUUUACUUUUAUGAAAUGAAGUAAUCCUUUGAAAGGGAAUUACCGUGCCAUGCAUGCAUGAUUUCAUCCCUACGUGUUGGAUGAUCGUCUGCGUCAGUUAAUUUUGGCUUUCAUUACUCAGCCCAACAUUGUUAUGGAUUAAGCUGGAUCUUAUCGAGUUUCUGGCCUAUCAUGACCUGACCAUGGACCAUGCCAGAUCCCAAGCCCUGAACAUCGGUGCAAAAUCACGAUUUUCGAAAGUCGAAACCGUACCGUAUCGGCGGUUCAACCACAAAAUAAUAGCAUCAGAAGCUAAAUUAAUAGGCGGUAUUUAACCAUACUAACGAUUGAACUACGAUUUAACCACGGUUUUGCCAUAAAAUACUUUACCUCUGUAACAAAUUGGAGCACAUAACAAAUUUUGGGCCUCAACCUCAAGCAGUGGCGGAUCCAGAGGGUGGCCACCUCGGGCCCCGGCCCAGCCCUCCUCUGGAUCCAUAGUUAUUAUAGGCCUUAUGAAUUUUUCGAUUUUAGAUAUUCGGGUCGUUGUUAUUUUAAAAUAAGAUUGGGUAUAAUUA